UAAACUGCUAUUAUUCCUACGGAUUUUAUGUUAUCGAGAGGUAAAUGCAUUGUUUGACAAGAGAAAGGUGGAAAGAAGAUGAAAAUGAAAAAGUAACAGUUCUAACAGAAGCUUAUUCAUAUAUCCUUAAUGCUACUUAACACUACUACUAACUAUACUAUCGUACGACUAUCACAUAUAUUGGUUUUAAUUAUUUUUUGUUACUUCUCAAGAAAUCAAAUAUUAUUAUCGUUCUGUAGGUAUUACAAAAGAUAUUGUCAUGAACGGCGCUGAGACAGAAAAUUUUCAAGUAGAAGAGAAGGUUGCGUCAAAAAAUCGAUCAAACAUACACAAAACAAUUAACGUUGUCUUAAUUGUCAUCAUUGUUAUCGUUUUAAUUGCUUUUGUUGCUUAUGCAAUUACAAAGGAUAAAAAAUGUGAAUGUAUGGAAAGAGACAAAAAGCGAGCUUCAAAAAAUGAGUUCACAUGUAAAGAUAAAACAAUAAAAAUUGAACCACAUGCCAAUGAUGAAAAUGACAUCUUUCGUGAAUUAAAUUUGAAAGAAAUCAACACGGUUGUUGGUUACAUAGAGCGCAACUUUGUGAUACGACGAAUGCAAGAUGGACAUAGUAUUCAAAUGGUUCAAUUUAUUAACACUGUAGAGCUCUAUCUACCCAACAAAAAGGAAGCAUUGGAAUAUUUGGACAAUAAUGGACCAAAACCGCGAAGAGAAGCAAUUGUAUCUCUCCAAACAUCGUAUAAUGUGUCAUACUAUGUGGUUGGUUCGCUGCCGACACCAAAUCAUCAUUAUCUUGCUAAGUUUGCCGAUAGACAGAACCCAUCAGAAACGAAACCGGAUGAAGCUAUAUUAAAUAACAAUCCAACCAUAAAAAAACUCGGUUUUGAUCAUGCCAGCAUAAUGUGGCCACUGUUUAAAGCCACCUUUGAAACCCUUAAAGGAUACGCGACAGCAGAAAUUGGUUUUGAAAACGGAUUGUCAAUAGCUCUUUCUGGAGCUACCGAGCAAAGAAAAAACGAAUUCUUCGGCGAUCUGUUAUUUCAGUUCAACCUACAGUUCCCUCCUCAUUUACAAUUUCUUGAUGUCAUAACAUUUCGAUUAAACCUGACAAGUAAGGAUGAAAACAAAUGGCGUGUAAUCCAGAUCUUCUACAAUCAAAAAGCAUAUUCUAGUGCCGAAGAAAUAAUGCAAAGAUACAAUCGAGGAGAAUUACAUAUUAAGAAGAUCAAAAGAAUUCCUGAUGUAGUAUUACAACGUGCAAAUCUAAAACGGCGGGGCUCACAAUUGAAUUAUUUUCCAUCCAUCGAACCAUUGACUUUUUAUCCAAACGGACCGAGGUUUUCAAUACAAGGACGAAAGAUAACCUACUUCGAUUGGCAGUUCAAUUACAUGGUUCAAGCAUCAACAGGUCCAGCAAUAUUUGACGUUAGAUUUAAAAACCAACGUAUCGCCUUUGAAAUUAGUUUACAGGAAGCUUCGUCUUUGUAUGCGACAGGUUCGCCUAGAAUAUAUUUUUCAAAUAUUUUGGAUAGCACAUGGUCACUUGGCAAGUCGCACUCAUUAAUUAAAGGUGUUGAUUGUCCUCAGAAUGCCGCUUACAUGGACGUCUCUUUGCAUCUCUACGCCAGUAAAAAAGCCGUCACUGUCGAAAAUGCAGUUUGUGUAUUCGAAAAUAAUGCCAACAUUCCUCUUCGAAGACAUCACCAUGGUGCGGAACAUUUCGAAUAUGGAGGUCUAACUGAUUCAUUUUUAGUUGUUCGAUUCAUUACCGACAUGUCUAGCUAUGAUUAUAUUCACGACUUUGUCUUUCACCAGAACGGCGUCGUUGAAAUAAAAACGACAACGACCGGUCAUUUAGUGCUAAGUCAAUCAUACAAGCAAUUUUUCAAUCAAUACGGAUAUGAAGUUGUUGACGGCUACAUUGGAGCUAUUCACGAUCACUUUAUGCUAUACAAAGUUGAUUUGGAUAUUCUAGGGACAAAGAACAGUUUUAAAACGUUAGAUAUGACUCUUGAAAAAACACAGACGAUAUAUGAUUAUCAUCCCACAGUAAAAAAAUUCAUCAAAGAAAAUAAAAUAAAAACAGAAAAAGAAGCUGCCAUUAGCUAUAAUUUUGAUCAUCCAAAAUAUUACAUUAUUUACAACGAGAAUGAGAAAAACAUAUAUGGAAAUCAUCGUGGCUAUCGAAUCUACUCACCGAAUAAAAUAAAGCAAGUCUAUCCAGAUGAACAUAGAGGAACAAAACAUACCGAAUGGUCAAAGUACCAGAUAACAGUGUCCAAGUUUAAAGAAACGGAAAGAUUUGGAAGUUGCAUGUUCAAUUAUUUCCCACAAUAUGGCACGCCCAGAUGUUCGUUUGAUGCACGAAUCGAAGACAACGAAACUAUCGUUAAUGAAGACUUGGUAGCGUGGAUACCAAUUGGUGGAUUGCAUAUUCCAUGCGCGGAAGAUUACCCAACAACGCCUACCACAGGAAACCAGUUCACAUUUUUCAUCAAACCGUUUAAUUAUUUCGACGAAGACCCAAGUUUUGCGUCUGCAAAUUCAGUGUAUGUUGAACACAAGAACGAAACAUUUAAAAUUGAUACGUACGGUACUCCUACGCAAGCAACUUGUCCAAUAUUAUCUUCACGACUCCUCGGAUAAGUAUAAUUUAACAAAACAAUUGAUCAGUCAUAAUUUUUGACAGAAAAGACUUUUUAUUCAUUAGUUUUUUUAAUAGCAACAAAAGCAACUUAGAACGAGAGUAUUUUUUGAUAGCUCAAUUUCGUGAAGGGAAGAUGUCUGUGCUUUUUUUUAUAUAAUUUUAAACUUUAAAUUUUGCAAACCAAAUUAUUUAAAACUCUAGAUCUACUUGCUAACCAGCUUUCCAACAAUUUUUAAGUUUAUCAUGUCAACCAUUGUUGUCCAGAGGAUUUAGGACUGCGUAGUUCUUUUUAUUUUUCUAUGUAAUUUUUGUUUCGUACAAUUGUUUACGUGUUCGGUAUCUUCGAAGCGCAUCAUAUGUGUUUGUGGUACGUGCUAGUUGUUGAGACUUUACUAUUUCAUUACGAAAAAAGAAGUACGCGUUUGUGUAAGUUUACUCGAAACGUCUGAAGUGUUUUGCAAGAAAGGCGUUGGUUUGCAAAUUAUGGUAAUGAACCCCUGUCCCCCGACAGAUAACGUUUUGGUAGAAAUAACUUUUUAACAGCACUAUUAAGAUAAGAAAGAAUAUUGUAUUCAUGUUACACUAACAUCGGCCAUUUAGAAACAAUGGUUUUGUUUCUUUCCAUGGUUGUUCUUUAUUUUCAAAUACAAGAGGUGCACAUUCAUUCUGUUUAUCGGUAGGAAAAAUUGAAAAUAGAACUUGUGUUCCUAGCUCUUUUGCUAAGGGUGAUAGCGGGCUAUAUUACAUGUUUUUUAUAAGCAUAGAGAAUGCACAUUCAGACAACAAAGUGGUAAUAGUACGUUUUAUUGCCAUAACACAGUAAUUGUCAUCAUGCCAUAAUUACUUCAAGUUAUUUAAAAUCUUCUUCGUUUUAGGACUAACCAACAUAUGUCUUCUUCACUAACUUUAAAAAUCUUGCAAUUCUUAUAACCUUCAUUAAUUACUACUCUUCGCUGACAUAACUUUUUCCAGAAUAUAAAAAAUUUAUACUUUGCUUACCG